GGCGGCUGAUGUCGAGCGUCGGCCUUGGGACUGCCAGUGGCUGCUGGGAGUGUGGCGUAGUAGGUGGGGGUACGGAAAGUGGAGACGGAGAAAUACGGACGGCUAAGACGACAGUACGGACAGAGGAGACGAGAAAUGGAGCCCAGGCAGCUCCAAGAGGAGGUUAUCCAGAUGAAAGAACAGAUGGCACUUCUGAAGGAGGAGCUGACACAUCGCCAUCAAGAGGGCAUUGUCCGUUUGGAUGGGGAACUGACCACUCUGAAGAAAAACUGCGACUCACUGAGUGAACAGGUGGUCGGACUGGAGGGAGAAGUGGCCACACUGAAGAAGGAGGUGACUACACUGAAGGGGGGCAACGCCACACUGAAGGGAGACAACGCCACACUGCGUCAGGAGGUGGUCCAUCUACGUGGAGAGGUGAUCCGCCUGCGGCAGGCUGUCCUCGAGGAGCGCACCACUCGCCAGGUCGUCGUGGAGGAGCUGCGGCAGGAGGUCCGCCGGCGAGCGGCGCCAUCCGACCGUUCGCAGAGUGACGGCGAGGAGGUGGCUUCUCCGAAGGGCGACACUUGUGACAAGACAAGUGACACCAUCAGCACCUAUGACGUCAUCACCCCAACUGCGAAGGGGGCGGGGCCGGCGGGCGGCGACGUGCGAGAGGCUGCACCGCAAUGGGCUUCUGCCAUUUGCCUCUUGGACCACGAGUUGUUGAAGAUGGUGCUAAGCAAGAUGGACUGCUGGGAGAUGUUCCGCGCCAGGCGGGUCUGCCGUCGGUGGCGGUCCGCCGUCGACGAUAUCGUCGGCGACUGUCGGCGGGAGCUAACCGAUCAGCAAACCCGCGGUGGAAAAGUCCCUGCGCCGGCUACGGACCUAGAGCUCGUAGUGAAGGUGCAGGACCAGCCGAAGCUGACUGAACUGCAGGCGCCGACCGCUGAGACGGACACCGACCUCCGACUGGUCGCAGCCACCUGCCACGCCCUGGAGAAGGCCAACCUGCGCGGCUUCAAGCUGCGGGUCUCUGCCCUGCGCCGGCUGACGCGUGCCAACGCCUCCAGUCUGCGUGAGCUGACGCUGCCGGCCGGCAUCAGCGACUGGCAGCUGGAGGCGCUGCUGGAGCCGCUGAAGGCUCUGGAGCGGCUGGAUGUGAGCCCGCCCGUGGACAGCUCCGGCAAGUGGCUGCGACUGCUGCCCAAGUCGCUGAGGAGACUGGACAUCACUGGGUCGGGAAUGACGCGGCAACCGGUGAAAUACGGAAGAUGCCCGUCGGAGGGACUGCUGGUCGGUGUACAGCUACCAACGGACACACUCCUGGACCAGCUGGCUGCUCUGGCGACCCACACAGUCACGGGACUGUUCAUACCUGAGUCGCCGUCCGUGACACCGGAAGCGCCGGGACGCCUCCUGACUGCCCUCACCAGUUUGAAAGACGUCACUAUUCGCGGACCCGGCGUCAUUUGUGACACUGUGCUAGCCGCCCUCCACGGCUGCUCCCAGCUGGAUACACUGGAGCUUGAAGACACCCGGUCUCUCACGGACAUCCCUCCCCUGACCCAGUCAGAGGUGGCAGCGGUCAGCAGAAUGGCAGUGACUUGCAGGAAACUGUAUAGACUGUUCCUAACCACCUCACUCGAAAGCUACUCGGCCGUCCUGACCGCCCUGCACGAGACAGACCUGGGAUGUGACAGUGGCCAGUCCCGUACCAUCGAGCUCUGGGUCCCCAAGUCUGUAUACGACAAGCUUAAUAAGCCUCCCAACGGCAGCAAAAUCAGCCUGCAGUACUUUGGCUAGACGACUAGCUUCCCGGUACCUCGUCUACUCCGGUGCCGGUGGCAGUGUCGGAACUCGACAACAGAUGGCAGCACCGUGUCUAGUCUAGUGUCGGAACUCGACAACAGAUGGCAGCACCGUGUCCCGUCGGCAGCGCUGUUCUGUACACAAUGCACGUCUAGACCUUCAUAUCCAGAAGUACUUCGAGCCGCCCUGUCCCAUCGGCUCAGGUCCGUGGGUACUUUACCGCCGUGCCAGGCUGGUUUGGGUUGAGUGGCCACCUAGAUGAUUGAUCAUUUGAGCACAGAUUGCUACGUUUGUUGACACCGCUUUGAUAGACACUAGGUAUAUUCAGUAUCCAAGAUGUAUCACGCUCCGGGGCCACUGUCCAGCCAUCGGUAAACCGUUGUCACCGUGCCGGAGGUACCGCCGUGGUGACGUCACGUGUGUUGUGACGUGACGUCACGCUGGCUCACACCGCUGUGCUGUUGUGUUGUUGUUUCAGUUUAGACCAGAGAGUGGUUGUAGCUAUCUGUGAGGGUGUCCGGUCCGGGCGAUAUCCGACCUCGCCCGUCACUGUGUCGGACCGUCGGUGGUCCGGUCGGCUGUGGUUCGUUUGGACCGGAUAUGUCCGGUUCGGUGUCGCUCAUGGGAUAUCACGGGCUGAUGGCGAUUGAAAUACACAGUGGUUCAGACGUUCAAUACACAAAAGUUACUGGA